AUGGACAUCAACAUUGAGGCUCACAAUUUGCCAACUUUAGAGAAGUGGCUGGAGCUGUUGGAGUUGCGUACAACAGGGUCAAAGGACGAGCUUGUGGCACGCUUAAACGAUGUUCCAUCGACGCUUCAAGGACGCGCUCAUGAUUUGCUACAUGCCAAUGGUACGCGCAUUUUGGAACCCGUGGACAACAUCUGUGAGCAGCUUGUCGAGUCGUUCGGGAAAAUUGUGUCUCAAGCAGAUGCCAGGCGCCUAUUCGUGUCUCGAAUUUGGAGCGCCAAUGAGAGUUUCGUCAGUUACAUCGAUGAGAAGGCCAGGCUGUCAGAUGCUAUCUGCAUCAGCGAAGAGGAGCGAGUAGACAAAGCCAUUGAAGGGAUUCCUGUGGAGGGACUCCGCAUUCAAGCGCAGAUUCAAAGAUUCAAGUGCAUUACAGAAUUACGCUGUGCAUUUUCAGGCAUUCAGAUACCGGUACAGCGAGCAGCAAGAGAAACUACAAAGGUGGCCGCUACGGGCAGACGUUCCGAAGAAGAUUUCCGUUGCUACAACUGCAACUCGAAGGGCCACAUGAGCAAGGACUGUAAGAAACCCGACAAAGUGCCAGGGUCCUCCUUCGGAUGCGGUGCCUUGGAUCAUUGGGUGGCUAAGUGUCCACUUAAUAAGGAGAAGCUAGCUAAAGGAUGCGACGACGGUCCCCUCAAUGGGCAAAUUGAGAGGGUGAAUCGUACCCUGGGACGUAUGCUUGCUAAAUUAUCGGAACCAGAAAAGGGCAUAUAUUGGGAUUUGAUAGAAUGUUGA